AGAAAUCUAGAAAGGAACGCGCGGGGCGGGGAAAAGAAACGAAACUGGCCUCAGUGCGCAGGUGCGCGGAUGUGCGCUGGGUCUUCGGGUAAAGAUGGCGGAGCGUGGUUACAGCUUUUCGCUGACUACAUUCAGCCCGUCUGGUAAACUUGUCCAGAUAGAAUAUGCUUUGGCUGCUGUAGCUGGAGGAGCUCCUUCAGUGGGAAUUAAAGCUGCAAAUGGCGUGGUCUUGGCAACUGAGAAGAAACAGAAAUCCAUUCUGUAUGAUGAGCGAAGUGUCCACAAAGUGGAACCAAUCACCAAGCAUAUAGGUUUGGUGUAUAGUGGCAUGGGCCCAGAUUACAGGGUGCUUGUGCACAGAGCUCGAAAACUAGCUCAACAGUACUAUCUCGUUUACCAAGAACCCAUUCCCACAGCUCAGCUGGUCCAGAGAGUAGCUUCCGUGAUGCAGGAAUACACCCAGUCAGGUGGUGUUCGCCCAUUUGGAGUUUCUUUACUUAUUUGUGGUUGGAAUGAGGGACGGCCAUAUUUAUUUCAGUCAGAUCCAUCUGGAGCUUACUUUGCCUGGAAAGCCACAGCAAUGGGAAAGAACUAUGUGAAUGGGAAAACUUUUCUUGAAAAAAGAUAUAAUGAAGAUCUGGAACUUGAAGAUGCCAUUCAUACAGCCAUAUUAACCCUAAAGGAAAGCUUUGAAGGGCAGAUGACAGAAGAUAAUAUAGAAGUUGGAAUCUGCAACGAAGCCGGAUUUAGAAGGCUUACCCCAACUGAAGUUAAGGAUUAUUUGGCUGCCAUUGCAUAAUAAUGCAAAUAAUGAAGUGACUGAAAAUCCAGAAUUUCAGAUAACUUCUCUACUUAAACAUGUUUAAAGUAUGUUUUGUUUUGCAGACUUUUUGCAUACUUAUUUCUACAUGGUUUGAUGGACUGAUGUUUUUAAAAUGAGACUUAUAAAUCAUAAUAAACUCUUAAAUUAA